CGCGCAGCCUGACAGGCGCACAGCCUGACAGACUCAGCUGAGGGCAACAACUCUACUUGACUCUACCUUCUCCUUCGCGGUGCAUUUCGGGACUUUACGUAAAACCGACAUGGCGGCCGCCUGCGCGAGAACGCUGUGUAAGGUCGGCUGGACUCUGCUGGACUCUCCGGCCGGUCUCAGACCCGGUACCGUGUACAGGCUGGUGGGGAAUGUGAGCGCACAGGGGUCUAGGAGGGCGUACGGUACCGGCGGGACCGGGGUCCGCUCCAAACUCCUCUCCGGUCUACGUGGGGGUGGAGGCAGGGUGGUGGGCUGCGCCUUCCUGCUGGGUGGAGGUCUGGGUUUGUAUCACACCGUGAAGCUCCAGGUCCAGCAGCACCUGGCCGAGGAGGACACCAAGGUUUCAGGAGGAGGUCUGAAGUUAACUCUGUACCAGUACAAGACCUGCCCCUUCUGCAGCAAGGUGCGGGCAUUUCUGGACUACCACAGGCUACCGUAUGAGAUCGUAGAGGUGAACCCUGUGAUGAGGAAGGAGAUCAAGUGGUCAACCUACAGAAAGGUUCCCAUCCUGAUGGUGGAUAGCGAAGUGCAACUGAAUGACUCGUCUGUCAUCAUCAGCGCCCUCAAGACAUAUUUAAUCAACAAUAAACCUUUGUCGUCCAGGGAGAAAGGUAUGUCUGAAAUCCUUCGCUGCUACCCGGAGUUGAAGUCGGUGAAUGAACGCGGGAAGGAGGUGACAGAAUAUAGCAACAAGUAUUGGCUGAUGCUGAGCGAGGACGAGACUUUGGCAACUUACCCAGAAAAGGAUUUGCAGAAAGAGGAGAUGAAGUGGCGUAAGUGGGCUGAUGACUGGCUGGUGCAUCUUAUAUCUCCCAACGUAUACCGAACAACUGGUGAGGCCCUGGCCUCCUUCGACUACAUCGUACGUGAGGGCAAGUUUGGUGCUUUCGAAGGUUUCUUUGCCAAAUAUGUCGGUGCGGCCGCCAUGUUUCUCAUCUCGAAAAGGCUAAAAAGUCGACACAACCUGCAGGACGAUGUCAGGCAGGAUCUAUAUGAAGCAGUCAACGACUGGGUGGCAGCCAUUGGCAAGAAGAGGAAGUUCAUGGGUGGAGAUCAACCUAACCUUGCAGACCUGGCUGUGUUUGGCGUCCUCAGAGUGAUGGAAGGCCUGCAGGCGUUUGACGACAUGAUGGAGAACACCAAGGUCAAAAACUGGUACAGACGUGUGGAGAGAGCGUCGCUCAACUACGAGGGCCCCAACUGAAGCCGAAGUGAGUCGAACAGAUCAAGAACACCGCAGAACACCAAGAGCAGCUUCGAGCCAUCAGAAAGACUGGGUGGUAAACCGUGGGAAAGACGGAAAGACAGUGACCAGCAUCAGGAAGCAAGAAGUCCUGCUUUGAUUGUGGAAACUUUGUUUGAUUUCCUGCUAGACGCAUAUGAGGUUAAACCUAUUGAUUUGUAUGAAAGACUUAACUGCAGUCGUUUAUGUAUAUAAAAAGAUCACACACAUGAAAAUCUAAAAAAACAUAAAGUCUGCUGUUCAGUUAGGGGUACUUUACUAACCUCUACUGGUUAACUGUGACACUUGCAACAAUGUCAAUCAAACAUACUGUUUUAUCAAUAAAUAAUCAAUAUUGUCAUCACCAAAAAUAUUGAAACAUACUUGACCAACACAGUAAAGUCUCAUUGUGAAAAUAUAAAUUCUUGCCCCUUUAAUAGUUAAAGAGUCUACAUUGUUUCCAUGCAGAUCUGUAAAACAUUUCCAGACUUAAAGCCUUAAUUUCACAAAAGGACAGAAAAUGCUUAACAGAGGUGUUUGUCAGUCCUAAUCAUAACCCGAAACAUUGUUAAAUAUAAAAAUCUAGAAUAACAAGGCCUACUUUAGUGGUUUUCAACCAAAGAUUGUGGACUCCCAAGCGUAUUGUAUGAAAAACAAAUGUACAAAUCUGUUCUCAUUUCUUCACAUUUUGCUGCAAUUAUGACUGACUUUCCAUCAUAAAUAUAGUUUUAGCUCUCUACAGCUUCUGACUGAAAAAGAGAAAUAAUUGGAGGCCUGGUACGCAUCACUUAGUUUUAAGUGAUGAAAAAUGUUGAAAUUAUGGUCUUUGGUAACGCACAGUGCUCAGCUAAAUUAUCAUUUAAUUAAAGUGGAUUUUUUUUAAGGCAGAUGUUGCCCUAAAAAAUUUUUAUUUUGAUUUCUUCUCUGUUCAGUAGUUUCUGUGUAAACAUGCUAUAAAUACAACAUCAGGUUAUCUCUGGAGUAUCUUUAAUUUUCUGUGUAACUGAUGCAGGAUCAGUCUGGCAGCAAAGAAUCAAACUUAUGCGCUGGUGUUGUCUUUGGGAUAGAAUGAAAUAAAAUGUUAAGUUUGAAUGUACUUAAUAUGCAAACUGAAGAUUAAUUUCUGUAUUAAUUGUAAUAAAACCAAUUCAAUGUGCAUAGUUGUAAAAAGUUAAAAUAAAUAUGGACAUGAA